AUGGAUGAUGAUGAUGAAGACGAUGACGAUGACGAUGGCUUUGUGAUCUCAAGCGAUGAAGACGAUGAAUCUAGUAUCGGCUCUAGUGAUAGUGACGAUGAUGAUGACAUCGAUGUAGUCAUGGUGGGUGGAAAAAGUGGGCAGUCGUCGAAGAAAGCAAAGGGGAAAGAGAAAGAGACCGCGCGCGCCCUGUUCACUGACGACCAGGAUGAGGAGAUGUUCGAUGCUGAUGAUCAGACGUCCCCAUCCACUCCUGUAGAAGAUGGGCCACGGGAUGAGUCAGAGGACGAGCCACAGGAUGAGUCACAGCUCCCGUUUUUUGACCCUACUACGCUGUGGUAA